GCGUCAGUCUUCAGUGCACAUCUUCUCAACAAGUUCACGGUUCGGAAGGACGUAAUACCCAGCCAUGAAUAAAUUCAUCGUUCUCUCCGCUGUCUUCGCGUGUGCCUUUGCAGCACCAAAAGCAGGAUUUCUCACCGGUGAACAUCCGGCUCCAGUCGUAACCGGUGAAGUUAUCGACACUUACUCCUCGCCCGUCCUCACAAGCUACUCAGCACCAGUUUUCAAGACCGUUUCCGCACCUAUAAUCACUAGCUACUCAGCGGAGACCCUCUCGUCUCCUCUGUACAAGACCUUGGCUGCACCAGCAAUUACGAGCCACUCUUCAUCGUUGGUGAGGGGAGUCGCUCAUCCAACAAUUACAAGCUACUCGACACCACGUUUCGUAUCAAGCUACUCGGCACAACCUCUGGUCUCAAGCUACCCACCAUUGGUAUCGAGCUUCACUUCCCCAUCCCUCGUUUCAAGCAACUCUUCCCCUUCGCUAGUGUCACCUUACACUACUCCGGUGGUUAAGACACUUUACUCUUCCCCGAUUGUUCAUCAGCACACCACCACUGUCUUGUAG